AUGAAAAGGCAUUCCUGUAAUUCCUGCUCUAAAAAUUUUUCCACACAACAAGCACUUUCAAAUCACAGAAAAACACAUAAAUUGAAAUUAUAUUAUGAUAACAAUGUUAGUUUGAUUGAUUUGAAUGAAUCAAUGGCAAAAAAAAUAUAUAAAGAUAUUACAAAAGGCAGUGUUGAUGAACUUUCAAUCAGUAAUGUAAAAUUUACAAUUAAUGACAUACCUGUUGAUGAUAAUUUUAACAGAGAAUUUGAUAAUAAUCCAAAAAGUUCUUAUGAUUUUCUUGAUGAAUUUCCUGACAUCCACAUUAAUGAGGAUGCAGAAUACAAAGAAUUCAUGAUUUUAAUAACAAAACAUAACAUUUCACAUUCAUUAGGUGAUGAAAUCUUGAAGUUAAUUAAAAAACAUUCAAAACCAAAUUUGAUUUUUCCAAUUUCAACUAAAUCUGGAAAAGAAGCUUUAGAUAAAAUGAAAGAUCCAGUUUUAAAUUUCAAUAAAGCUAAAUUAUUAGAAUAUAAUGGUAUAGAAUAUUUCUUUUAUUUUAGAACAAUAGUGGAUGCAGUAUCAGAGAUAUUUUCGAACAAAGAAAUUUUUAAUGCAAGCAUAUUUAAUUAUCAAGAAGUUUACAAUAAUAAUAAGAGAUGCUAUAAAGAGCUUUAUAAUAGCAAUUGGUGGAAAGAGAUUGAAAAAAACAAUCCUCCUGGCUGUAAAAUUUUAUCAAUCAUCUUGUAUUCAGAUAAAACAAAUUGUGAUUCUCUGGGGAAGACAUCUCAGCAUCCAAUUUAUUCAACAAGUGGCAACAUUCCUUAUGAAUACAGAAACAAGUAUAAAUCAAAAGUUUUACCUGGAUAUAUUCCAAUUCUAGAUGGAUCCAAAAGCAUCAAAAAAACAACAGAAUUCAGAAAGUUAGUUCUUUUGAUGUUCCACAAUGCUAUGUCAAUACUUAUCAAACCUUUGAUUGAGCAAGAAAAAGAUGGUAUUUAUCUUUUUUUACAUGGGGAGUUAAUAUGGUUUAAAAUAAAAAUUUCAUUAAUAAUUAGUGAUUGGCCAGAAGCUUGUACAUUUUGUUUAACAUAUAAAACAAGUAAUUCAAGUAGACCAUGCUACACUUGUUUAACUUCAAGGGAUCAGCUUAAUAAUAUGAAUUUGUCAAAUGAAUCUUUAAUUUUAAGGACUCCAAACCAAAUGAUAGAUAUAAUCGAAGAUGAUCAAUGCAAAGAUUAUUCUGUCCAUCCAUUAAAAAAUUCAUUUUGGAAAUUACCUUACUUAAAUAUUUAUGUUGCAACUAUUCCUGAACACAUGCAUCAUUGUAAUUUAGGACUAUUUCCUUAUCAUCUCAAAUAUACUUGCAAUCUUCUUAAUGAUAUUUCACCAGGUUUAUUGAAGGAGUUGGAUUCACAGUUUGGUAGAAUACCACGUUUUACUGGAUUAAAAAUUUUUAAAAAUGGACUUGAAAAUAUAUCAAGGUUUACAGCUGCUGAAUAUAGGGAUAUAAUGAAGAUCAUGCCUUUUAUAAUAGAUAACAUACUGGAAAAUAACUGUACCUUAAACAAGAAGUUAACAGAUGUUUAUGUAAAACAGCUACACCAUUGGAGAUAUCAUACAAUACCUUCAAUUAAACUUUUUGGUGCCAUUAAUGGAUUUUCAGCUGAAACCUUUGAAUCUCUGCAUAAAGAAUAUAUCAAGCAACCAUAUCAUUCUACAAAUAAAAACUUUAUUGAUGAGCAAAUGCUUAAUAUUACAACAAGAAGAAGUAAAAUACACAAACUGUUUGGUGUAUCUUUAUAUAAACAAAGGUUAUAA